AUGUUCGAGGAUGAACCUGAUGUGGAGGGGGCAGCGGUGGUCUCCAUAGCCGGGGAGGCGCUGCAGGCCCUAUGCCAGGAGCUGAACCUGGACGAGGGGAGUGCGGCCGAAGCCCUGGAUGACUUCACCGCCAUCCGGGGCCACUACAGUCUUGAGGGAGAAGUUAUACACUGGUUGGCAUGUUCAUUAUAUGUUGCAUGUCGCAAAAGUAUUAUUCCCACAGUUGGAAAGGGUGUCAUGGAAGGAAACUGUGUAUCACUUACCAGAAUACUACGUUCUGCUAAAUUAAGUUUAAUUCAGUUUUUUAAUAAAAUGAAGAAGUGGAUGGACAUGUCAAACCUGCCACAAGAAUUUCGUGAGCGUAUAGAAAGGCUUGAGAGAAAUUUUGAGGUCUCUACUGUAAUUUUCAAAAAAUUUGAGCCAAUUUUUAUAGAUUUAUUUCAGAAUCCUUAUGAAGAGCUACCAAAGUUACCUCGAAGCAGGAAGCAGAGAAAGAUUCCUUGCAGUGUUAAGGAUCUCUUUAAUUUCUGCUGGACACUCUUUGUUUACACUAAAGGGAACUUUCGUAUGAUUGGUGAUGAUUUAGUAAACUCUUACCAUUUACUUUUGUGCUGCUUGGACCUGAUUUUUGCUAAUGCUAUUAUAUGCCCAAAUAGACGAGACUUGCUAAAUCCAUCAUUUAAAGGUUUACCACCUGAUUUCCAUACUACUGACUUUAGGGCUUCCGAAGAGCCUCCCUGCAUCAUUGCUGAACUGUGUGAGCUGCAUGACGGACUUCUGGUAGAAGCAAAAGGAAUAAAGGAGCACUACUUUAAGCCAUACAUUUCCAAACUCUUUGAUAGGAAGAUCUUAAAAGGGGAAUGCCUCCUGGAUCUUUCCAGUUUUACUGAUAAUAGCAAAGCAGUGAACAAGGAGUAUGAAGAAUAUGUUCUAACUGUUGGUGAUUUUGAUGAGAGAAUCUUUUUGGGAGCAGAUGCAGAAGAAGAAAUUGGAACUCCUCGAAAGUUCACUGCUGACAAUCCGUUAGGGAAAUUGACAGCUCGGGCUAAUGUGGAGUGCAAUCUUCAACAGCACUUUGAAAAAAGAAGAACAUUUGCACCUUCUACCCCACUAACAGGACGGCGAUAUUUACGAGAAAAAGAAGCAAUCAUUACUCCUGUUGCUUCAGCAACUCAAAGUGUGAGCAGGUUGCAGGGUAUUGUGACUGGACUGAAAAAUGCUCCAAGCCAGCAGCUUAUACACAUUUUUGAAUCUUGUAUGCGUAAUCCUAUGGAAACCAUUACAAAAAUAGUGAAAGGAAUAGGAAUGUCUUUUUGCCAACACUAUACCCAGUCAACAGAUGAACAACCAGGAUCUCACAUAGACUUUGCUGUAAACAGACUAAAACUGGCAGAAAUUUUGUAUUAUAAAAUAUUAGAGACUGUAAUGGUUCAGGAAACACGAAGACUUCAUGGAAUGGACAUGUCAGUUCUUUUAGAACAGGAUAUAUUCAAUCGUUCCUUGAUGGCCUGUUGUUUGGAAAUUGUGCUCUUUGCCUAUAGCUCACCUCGUACUUUUCCCUGGAUUAUUGAAGUUCUCGAUUUGCAACCAUUUUAUUUUUAUAAGGUUAUUGAGGUGGUGAUCCGUUCAGAGGAGGGGCUCUCAAGAGACAUGGUGAAACACUUGAACAGCAUUGAAGAACAGAUUUUGGAGAGUUUAGCAUGGAGUCAUGAUUCUGCACUGUGGGAAGCUCUCCAGGCUUCAGUAUACAAAGUUCCUACCUGUGAAGAAGUGAAUAUGCAACCAUUGUCUCCAAUUUCUGUCCAUGAACGCUACAGUUCUCCUACAGCAGGGAGUGCUAAGAGAAGACUUUUUGGAGAGGACCCACCAAAGGAAAUGCUUGUGGACAAGAUCAUGACAGAAGGAACAAAACUGAAAAUUGCUCCUUCUUCAAGUGUUAAUACUGAAAAUAUAUCGAUUUCACCUGGGCAGAGUCUUCUAACAGUGGCCACAGGCAUAUUGACAGGGACAACAGGACAAAAAGUUACAAUCCCAUUUCAUGGUGUUGCGAAUGAUGCUGGAGGAAUCACGCUGAUACCCAUUUCUAUGAGUACGACUCAAGAUUCCAAAGUGGAGAAUCCUGUAUCACUUACUGCUCAGUCAUUACUUGGUGCUUCUCCAAAACAGACACAUCUGAUUAAAGCACAAGAAGCUCAUCCAACUGGAAUAAGCAAACCAAAGAGAACUGGGUCCUUAGCCCUGUUUUACAGAAAGGUCUAUCAUUUGGCAAGUGUACGCUUACGUGAUUUAUGUUUAAAACUGGAUAUUUCUAAUGAGCUACGAAGAAAGAUAUGGACAUGCUUUGAAUUUACUUUAGUUCACUGCUCUGAUUUAAUGAAAGACAGACAUUUGGAUCAGCUACUCCUUUGUGCCUUUUACAUCAUGGCAAAGGUAACAAAAGAAGAAAGAACUUUUCAAGAAAUAAUGAAAAGUUAUAGGAAUCAGCCCCAAGCUAAUAGUCACGUCUAUAGAAGUGUUUUAUUGAAGAGUAUUCCAAGAGAAGUUGUGACAUACAAUGAAAACAUAAAUGGUGAUAUUGAAAUGACAGAUUGUGACUUAGAAGAUACUACAAAAACACCAGACUGUUCCAGUGGACCAGUGAGGGAGGAAAGAGGGGACCUUAUCAAGUUUUAUAAUACAGUAUAUGUAGGAAAAGUGAAGUCAUUUGCAUUGAAAUACGAUUUAUCAAAUCAGGAACAUAUGAUGGAAGCUCCACCACUCUCUCCUUACCCACAUAUUAAGAAGCAGCCAGGUUCACCGCGCCGCAUUUCCCAACAGCAUUCCAUUUAUGUUUCCCCGCAUAAGAAUGGGGCAGGCCUUACACCAAGGAGUGCUCUGCUGUACAAGUUCAAUGGCAGCCCUUCUAAGAGUUUGAAAGAUAUCAAUAAUAUGAUAAGGCAAGGUGAGCAGAAAACCAAGAAGCAAAUAAUAACCAUCGAAGGUGAUGCAGAAUCCCCUGCCAAACGUCUCUGUCAAGAAAACGAUGAUGCUUUACUUAAAAGACUACAGGAUGUGGUCAGUGAACGAGCACAUCAUUAA